AUCGUCUGAUGAUAUGAAGAAACAAGUGAAUAUCGAGACGGGCUCUUUAGCGAGCAUCCGCUCCGAUAUCGAGGUGGGCUCAACAACUUCAACAUUUACAAGCCCACACAUCAACACCACGAAGCGGACUCUCAACUCGAGAACCUUGCACAUGAUUGCCAUUGGUGGGUCCAUUGGCACUGCGCUCUUUGUCACCAUCUCCACUGGCCUGCUCUACGGCGGGCCGCUUGGUCUGCUGCUUGCCUUUAUGAUCUGGACUGGAGUCAUCUUCGGUGUCACCGCCAGUUGUGGUGAGUUCGUAUGCUUCUUGCCUAUCGAGUCGCCAUUCAUAACCAUGGCUGGCCGUUGUGUGAACAAGUCUUACGAGGCCGCUGUCGCCUGGAACUACUUCCUCAUGAUUUCCAUCUACAUCCCCUUCGAAAUCACAGCGGUUAACGGUAUGAUCCACUAUUGGAGAGACGACUACUCUGCCGCAAUCACGUUUUGCAUCCAGAUCUUCAUCUACACCAUGCUGAACGUCCUUGCCGUUAGAUGGUUCGGUGAGUCAGAGUUCUACCUGUCCAUAGGUAAGGUUGUGUUGGCUAUUGGGUUGAUCUUCUUCACGUUCAUCACCAUGGUCGGCGGUAACCCACAACACGACGCUUUUGGUUUCCGCUACUGGAAUAACCCUGGUCCACUGGUGGAAGUCUACACAACGGGCUCUAUGGGCAAUUUCCAUGGGUUCAUGGCAGCCAUGAACAAGGCAUGUUUCACCAUUGUUGGUCCGGAGUACUUGUCCAUGGUUGCUGAUGAGGCUGGCCAGGAGACCAGAAAGGUCCUCGCCAGUACCUUCAGAACCGUGUUCUACAGACUGAUUGUGUUCUACAUCAUCGGUGCUCUGUCUGUCGGAGUCCUUGUCGCCUCUAACGACCCAACACUUGUUGAGCUGGCCUCCACGGGCUCCACCUCCAACGGCUCCUACUCGCCUUACAUCAUCGCCAUGAACAACAUGGGCAUCAACGUCCUACCGGAUAUCGUCAACGUGCUCUGUGUCACUUCAGCAUUCUCCGCAGGUAACUCGUAUGUCUACUGCUCCUCUCGUGCGCUCUACGGUAUGUCGAAGAACGGGCUUGUUCCUAAAUUCUUCCAGUACUGUACAAAGGAGGGUGUUCCACUGUUCUGUGUAGGAAUUGCAUUCUGCUUCUCCCUGUUGUCGUUGCUCCAGCUUGGUGAGAACGCCUCAAAGGUUCUGAAUUGGAUCGUGAACCUGUGCUCCGGUGCUCAGAUUCUCAACUACUUCUUCAUGUGUGUUACCUACAUCGGGUUCUACCGUGCCGUGAAAGCACAGGGAUUGGACAGACGCUUGUUCCCUUACAGAUCAUGGUUCCAACCUUACUUGGCCAUCUUCUGUGGAUUCUUGAUCCUUUGUAUGGUUGGUGCCCUUGGAUACACCGUUUUCAUGCCAGGCAACUGGAGUGUUGAGAACUUCUUGACUUACUACUUGAUGGUCCUCCUCUCCAUCGGUAUCUUCCUCGUUCAUCUCGCUGUUUACCGCACAAAGCUCGUUGAUCCAGCUCAAGCUGACUUGCACACAGGCAUCGAGGAGGUACUGCUACACGAACAGACAUACCUGGAGGAGCAGGAAAAGAACAAUCAUGGAAAGAAGAGUUGGAACAAUAAGAUUCUGGAUACUAUUUUCUGAUGCAGAUGUUGGCUCUACCUCUGUCUUAUUUAGCACUUAUCCAUGAGCAGGUCUCGUGGGUGAGAACCAGUAUUUAUAAUCG